AUGAAAAAGAGGAAUUUAUAUUUUUUGUUCCCAUCAACGAACAUUUUCAACGAAAAAAAUAAUUUUAAAAAUUAUAAGAUAGCUAAUAAAAAUUUAAGUAAAGAAAAAAUAUGUGCAGGCAAGGAAACAAUAAAUGAUGAUGACAUAAGCGCAGAAAAUAUUUCGAAUUUAACAUCUUAUUCUAAUUAUGACACAAUAGAUAUAGAAGAUAUAAAGAACAUUAUUCCACAUAGAUAUCCAUUUCUUUUAGUUGAUAAAGUAAUACAUAUUCAAGUAAACAAAAAAAUAAUUGGUGUAAAACAAGUUUCGGUAAAUGAAAAUUUUUUCAAUGGUCAUUUUCCUCAAAAAUCAAUUAUGCCAGGCGUUUUACAGAUAGAAGCAUUAGCCCAAUUAGGCGGGAUAUUAUGCCUCAAAAAUGAAGAGAGCCAAAAAAAGAAUAAUUUAUUUUUGUUCGCAGGGGUCGAUGGGGUCAGGUGGAAGAAACCGGUCCUUCCAGGCGAUACAUUAAUUAUGGAAGUAGAACAAAUUUCAUUCAAACCGUCACUUGGUGUUGCUAAGUUGCGGGGUGUAGGUUAUGUAGGGGGUAAUGUUGUUAUAAAAAUUGAAGAAAUGAUUUUUGCUUUAUCGAAAUAA